AUGAAGUGCGCUAUUGUGGCUACCGUCCUCCUUGGACUCUGCCUGGCUCCAGCCCUCGGGCUUGUUAACCAGCAGAACACAGUCAUCGUCGGCACCCAAACUCUGACCAUUAAAAGGCAACUGCACGUGGCCAUUAUCACUCAGAAGGGCACCCUGAGGCCAUGGAAAAGCAUUUGGAACUACCAGACGGGCGUGAUUGCAACCAAAGUGACAUCAGAGGGAGUUUGCUACAUUUCCACGAUGGACAGGAGGGUGAUGCCCACCUUUGAUGCUCUGCCCAGGCUGGCUGAACAGAACAGGCUCCAGCAGGCUCAAGGACGACCUUCAAAGGAGGUGGUCUACGUCAUCAAGAGACCCAUCCUCAACCUGCAGUCUUACGGGCAAGAGAUCUCCGCCCUGUGCAGCGGCCUCACAACCUACGAGACCUACGAAGUGCAGGGACCCCAAUACACUGUCAACCAGGGAUCAUGCACCAAAAUCAACGUCCUGCACCUGCUGGACCUUGUCUACUGCCGUGCCAACAACAAGGCCUAA